AUGACUUUGGAAGAGCUCCCCGCUAAAGCUCAGGUUGGAAAUGAUAUUAAUCAAGAAUUGAACACUACUGUGGCUACUGCCCACAACUCAGAUUACGAUACUUCCCAGUAUGGGACACCUGCCCCCAGAGAUCAGAAAUCCUACUUUGUUGAAGAUUCCAAGUUGAAAUUUGAUGUUGAGGAGACGGCUAAAAGAUUCAAUUACUUGUUGGGCUUAACAGGUCUUUUUAGACAUUUUAUUGACAAUAAGGCCAAAGGCGAUCCUAAUUUUGCUCAGGUGUUGCAUUUGUUGGAGACGAAGUACAAACAUCACAGGUCCAGAAGCGAUGGAAAGUAUUCAGACAAUAGAAGACGUAAAACAGAGAAGGAAGAGGACGCUGAAUUGAUUAAUGAGCAAGACAAAUCUUCAUUUAUGGAAUUCACUGAGUCUCCAGGAUAUGUUAACGGUAAACUUAGACCAUAUCAAAUUCAAGGUUUAAACUGGUUGGUACAACUAUAUGAAAACAAACUCUCUGGAAUACUGGCCGACGAAAUGGGACUUGGUAAGACGCUACAGACGAUCUCGUUUUUAGGGUACUUAAGGUAUUUAAAGGGUAUAAAUGGGCCUCAUUUAGUAGUAGUACCCAAAUCCACCUUAGACAACUGGGCCAGAGAAUUCAAACGGUGGACUCCAGAGGUGAAAACUGUUCUUUUACAGGGAGAUAAGGAUCAGAGGACAACCAUAAUUCAGGAUGAAUUGAUGACAUGCAAUUUUGACGUGCUGAUUUCCAGUUAUGAAAUAGUUAUUCGGGAGAAAAGUAGCCUCCGCAAAUUCAACUGGGACUAUAUUGUCAUAGAUGAGGCCCACCGAAUUAAGAAUGAAGAAUCUCUUUUAUCUCAGAUCAUAAGGAUGUUUCAUUCCAAAAGCCGAUUACUAAUUACCGGUACUCCUUUACAGAACAAUUUGCAUGAGCUAUGGGCUCUUCUCAACUUUAUCUUGCCAGAUAUCUUUAGUGACUCUGACACUUUUGAUCAAUGGUUUGGGAGAGGGGGUGAUGGCGAUGAAAAUGAUGACAAAUCUGAGAAAAAUGACCAGGGUAGUGUGGUACAGCAACUACAUAAAGUCUUACAGCCUUUUCUAUUACGAAGAAUCAAAUCAGACGUGGAGAAAUCUUUACUUCCAAAAAAAGAAGUUAAUGUGUACGUUGGUAUGUCUGACAUGCAACGACAGUGGUAUCAAAAAAUUCUUGAGAAAGAUAUUGAUGCAGUUGUCUCUUCCAGCGGUAAAAAGGAGUCUAAGACCAGACUACUAAAUAUUGUCAUGCAGCUGAGGAAAUGUUGUAACCAUCCCUACUUAUUUGAGGGUGCAGAACCGGGCCCUCCUUUCACUACGGAUGAACAUUUGGUUUUCAACGCACAGAAAAUGAAGGUUUUAGAUAAGUUGCUGAAACGAAAGAAAGAACAAGGAUCUCGCGUUCUAAUAUUUUCUCAAAUGAGCCGAAUGCUUGAUAUUCUGGAAGAUUAUUGUAACUUUCGUGAAUAUGGUUACUGUAGAAUUGAUGGACAAACUGAUCACAGCGAUCGUAUUGAUGCCAUUGAUGACUACAAUAGGAAGGAUUCUGAUAAGUUUGUGUUUUUGCUGACUACGCGAGCAGGUGGACUGGGUAUUAAUUUGACAUCUGCUGACACAGUUAUACUUUAUGAUUCUGACUGGAACCCUCAGGCUGAUUUACAGGCAAUGGAUAGGGCUCAUCGUAUCGGUCAAACAAAGCAGGUUUAUGUUUACCGAUUAGUCACAGAAAAUGCAAUCGAAGAGAAAGUAUUGGAACGGGCUCAGCAAAAGCUUCGAUUGGAUCAGCUAGUGAUACAACAGGGACGUAAUAUUGAAGACAAGAAGAGCAAUGCCACCAGUAAAGACGAAUUGCUAUCAAUGAUUCAACAUGGGGCUGCUUCUUUGUUUCAGAAAGGUAGCGAGGACUCCUCCACUGGAGGAGACAAAGCGGAAGACUUUGAUAUUGAUGACUUAUUGAGUAAGUCAGAGGCAAAAACCCAAGAAUUGAGUCAAAAGUAUAGCAAACUGGGAUUAGACGACCUACAAAAUUUUAGCAGUAAUGGCAAUUCGGUCUAUGACUGGGAUGGUAAGAACUUUCAGAAGAAGGCAUUAGGUCCUAAACUGAAUUUAGAUAUGAUACCUCUUGCGGAACGGAAAAUUAAAAAAAACUACAACAUUGAUGGGUAUUACAAAGAUGUGUUACAAACGGGAACUAAAAUGGGAAAGAAAGACGUUUUGAAAAUACCUAGACAGUUGAAUCUUUACGAUCACCAGUUUUAUCCAGAAUCUUUGUAUGUACUAUGCGAACUAGAAAAAGCGUUGUUCAAGAAAGAAUCGAACUACAAGGUUCCUGAAUCUUCAUCAAAGUCCGAAGAGGAUAGGCUGAACAGAGAAUUGGAAUUAUGGGAAGUAGAACGUGCUCGGGAACUUACUGCGGACGAGAUUAAAGACAAGAAUGAAUACUUGCAACAAGGAUUUGGCAGCUGGACCAGGAAAGAUUUUUUUCAUUUUAUUUCUCUGACCACAAAAUAUGGUCGGAGAAACAUUAAGACAAUUGCUCAAGAAUUUGAAGAUAAAACCUUUGAAGAAGUUUUAACGUUUGCAACACAGUUCUGGACUCAUUAUGAUCAGAUUGAUGGCAUAGAAAGAUAUUUGGCCCAAAUCGAAACUGGAGAGUUGAAAAACGUUCGAGUGAAGAUCCAGAAGGAGUGCUUGAGAAGACUGAUGGUCAAAUUUCCAAAUGUCAUUCAAGGAUUGAAACUUAAACAGUCCACAGGAAGCAGCACUAAACGCAUAUUUUCAGAAGAACAAGACCGUUACUUGAUCCUACAGAUGUUCCUCAUCGGAGUGGAAGCGGAGGAUUUGGCAGAUGAAAUAAAGAAUCGUAUAUCACAGUCGGAGUUUUUCAAGUACGAUUAUUUUUUUCAAACUCGCAAUGCAAUGGAAAUUUCCAGAAGAUGCAGUACUUUAUUGUCUGCAAUUAUGAAAGAGUUUGAAAAAAGUUAUUCUAUGUAUCUACAGGAGAACUCUAGAAAAAGGAAAAGAACGGAUGAUGUUGAGAGUGACGAGCUAGAGGAAGAAGACAACGAAGAUGACGAGGAUGAUCUGGAGGAGAUGGAUAUUGAGAAUGCAGAUGAAGAAGAGGAUGAUGAAUAA